CGAUAGACUUAUUCCGAUAUAAUCGAUACCACGCGAAUUUCGUGAAAUAAUUUUAUUGAUUCUAUUUUGGCUAAUUUUUUGGCUAAACAGCAGGAGCACAGCGUUGCACGUGUGUUCACCUGUCCGCCGGCACCGUCCUGGCCAUAGAAGUCGGUGCGGUACCACUGGAUUCAUUGGAUACACUGGCACCACUGUGGACCACUUUGGACCACCACCGCGAGCUUCGGAGUUUUGCCCCCACAAUUUGCGAAGGAGCCCCGGAAAAUGGUGGACGCCGCCCGGCAGAUGCUCGACGAGCUGAUGGGCAGGAAUCGCAACCUGCAUCCCUCGGAGGCGGGCGCCAAGGUCAAUUGGGAGGACCCGGAGUUCUGUCAGUUCUACAACGUUAAGUUCUGUCCGCACGAUCUAUUCAUAAAUACGCGGGCAGAUCUGGGUCCCUGUGCCCGCAUCCACGACGAGGAAGCCCGACAUCUUUACGAGGAUGCUCGACCCUCGCAGCGGAAGCGCCAGUACGAGGAUGAGUUCCUGCGCUUUUGCAAUGUUAUGCUGCACGAUGUGGAUCGAAAGAUACAGAAGGGAAAACAGCGUUUGCUGCUAAUGCAAAGAGAUCAGCCCAAUGUACCGGCACCACUGAGCAGGCACCAGGAGCAGCUGGCGAAUCUGACGGCCAGGAUCAAUAAGCUGCUCUCGGAGGCAGAGGAAGCCGGCAUUCGGGGCGACGUGGACCAAGCCCAGGAUCUGAUGACCCUGUGCGAGGAGCUCAAGGAGGAGAAGGAGCAGUUGGUACAGCAAUACGAGGCCAAUCACAAGGCCAUCAGCAGCAUCAGCCUGACCAAGUCAGCGGAGGACGAGCUGCAGCAGCAGCCGCGCAGCAGUCCGGUCACAAAUCCCAGCGAAGAAGCUGCAACCACUCCUCUUCCAGCCGCCACCACGCCAGAUGAUGCGCCGGAUGCAGCUCCAAGUUCCGCACCAGCAGCUGUUACACCGACUGACGAUGCCGGCGAAGCAACUGGUGCAGCCAGCGAGGACAAAACGUCGGAAAGAACCGAUAGCAAGGCGGCUGGCUGGUCGCAUGACGCCAUGCCCGAGAAACAGAUGAAGGUGUGCGAGAUCUGUGGCGCGUUCCUGAUUGUCGGCGAUGCACAGCAGCGGAUCGAGGACCAUUUGAUGGGCAAACAGCAUCUGGGCUACUCCAAACUGCGCAACGCAGUCGCCGAGAUCAACGAGGCGCGACAAAAGGAGCGCGAGCAGGAGGAACGACGUCGGCGGGAGGGCCGAGUGCAGCGCUUCCACUCCUACGACAGCAGGCGCGAGCCACGCAAUGAGUACCGCGAGCGAAGUCGCGACUAUGUUCAGAAUCGCCAGCCCUCGGAUCGACGUCACCAUCACCAUAAGUCGCACCACAGCUCCCAUCACUCGUACUCGCGCAGUGGCGGAGGUGGCGGUGCUGUGGGAGUUGGUGGCGGAGGAGGAGGUGGUGGCAGCAGUAGGAGCAACCGGAGCCACCAUAAUCACAACCAUAAUCACUACCGCCAUGACAGCCGCGAGCGACAUUGUCGCAGUCGGAGUCGUAGUCGCUACUAGAGACCAAAAAAAAAAAAAAAGCGGAAAACAAUAGAAACCAAGUGAAUAGCAAACCAAGAACACAAGUAAAUAAUCCGAAAGUCAGGAGCAGUUCCAGUUCCCAAAGCCCCAUACCGCAAGUGUACAACUAAACAUGAUCAAGUUCAACACGAACACAAUCUCUCGCCCAUCUGCGAUCUUCAGUCUUCGUCUUAUGUGUUCGCAAAUCCGCAAUUCGCAAUCCGUAAGCACCAGCUGCCGUGGCCACGGGCGGCAGCAUCGAGGUAUCCCAAUAGAAAAAAAAAAAAAUCAUUAACACAAUUUCCAAAAAAA